AGGCCUGGUCCACGUGACUUCGUUCCGGCUCGUCAAAGAUGGCGGCGCCCAGAGCGGCAGCGUGAGAGCUGGGGAAAGACGCUGUCUGGUGGCGGUAGAAUUACAGCAGUGGGGAUCCGGCGCCAUGUCGCGACUGAUCGUGAAGAACCUCCCGAAUGGGAUGAAGGAGGAACGCUUCCGGCAGCUGUUCUCCACCUUCGGCACGCUGACCGACUGCAGCCUCAAAUUCACCAAAGACGGCAAGUUCCGCAAGUUUGGCUUCAUCGGCUUCAAGUCCGAGGAAGAGGCCCAGACGGCCCUGAACCAUUUCAACAAGAGCUUCAUCGACACGUCCCGGAUCACGGUGGAGUUCUGCAAGUCAUUCGGGGACCCGACGAAGCCCCGAGCCUGGAGCAAACACGCACAGAAACCGAGCCAGUCCAGGCAGCCUUCAAAAGACUCUGUUCCCCCAGAAACUAAGAAAGAUGGCAAGAAGAAGGUGGCAGGGGAGCUGGAGAAGCUGAAGGAAGACACUGAGUUCCAGGAGUUCCUGUCGGUGCACCAGAAGCGGGUGCAGGCGGCCACGUGGGCCAAUGAUGCCCUGAGCACCGACGCCUCCAAAGGGAAGAGCCGGCCAGCCAGCGACUACCUGAACUUCGACUCCGACUCGGAUUCCGGGCAGGAGAGCGAGGAGGAGAGAGCCGGGGAGGACCAAGGGGAGGAGGAAGACCCCCAACCAAAGGCAGCCGUGCAGAAGGAACUGUCAGACAUGGACUACCUGAAAUCCAAGAUGGUGAAGGCCGAGUUGUCCUCUUCCUCGGAGGAGGAGGAGAGUGAAGACGAGGCCGUGAACUGUGACGAGGGCAGUGAGGCUGAGGAAGAGGCUUCCACCACCGCCCCAGCCCAGCAGGGCAGAGAGCCCCAGGGGGCCUGCCAGGAGCCAGGCACUCCCGGGAAGAAGACACCGCAGGAAGCCAGAGCCAAGACAGAGAAACCUGCGAAUCAGAGGGAACCGACCACCCCCCACACCGUGAAGCUGCGGGGAGCCCCGUUCAACGUCACAGAGAAAAAUGUGACGGAAUUUCUGGCUCCCCUGAAACCGGUGGCCAUUAGGAUAGUGAGAAAUGCUCACGGGAACAAGACAGGGUACGUCUUCGUGGACUUCAACAGUGAGGAGGAAGUGAAGAAGGCUCUAAAGUGCAACCGGGAGUACAUGGUACAUCGAGGUGUUCCGGGAGAAGAACGUCCCCACGACCAAGGGGCCCCCGAAGAAUAGCGCCAGAACCUGGCAAGGUCGCACACUCGGGGAGGACGAAGAGGAGGAGGACCUGGCCGACUCCGGGAGGCUCUUCGUGCGGAACCUGCCCUACACCAGCACCGAGGAGGACCUGGAGAAGCUCUUCUCCAAAUACGGGCCCGUGUCCGAGCUCCACUACCCCAUCGACAGCCUGACCAAGAAGCCCAAGGGCUUUGCCUUCGUCACCUUCAUGUUCCCCGAGCACGCCGUGAAGGCCUACGCACAGGUGGACGGGCAGGUGUUCCAGGGCCGGAUGCUCCACGUCUUACCUUCCACCAUCAAGAAGGAAGCCAGCGAGGAGGCCGAUGCCCCGGGGUCUUCGUCUUACAAGAAGAAGAAGGAGGCUAAGGACAAAGCCAACAGCUCCAGCUCUCACAACUGGAACACGCUGUUCAUGGGGCCGAACGCCGUGGCCGAUGCCAUCGCUCAGAAGUACAACGCCACCAAGAGCCAAGUGUUUGACCACGAGACCAAGGGCAGUGUGGCCGUGCGUGUGGCCCUGGGGGAGACCCAGCUCGUCCAGGAGGUCCGGCAGUUCCUCAUCGACCACGGGGUCUGCCUGGAUUCAUUCAGCCAGGCCGCAGCAGAGCGAAGCAAGACCGUGAUCUUGGCCAAGAACCUCCCGGCAGGCACCCUGGCGGCCGAGCUGCAGGAGCUCUUUGGGCGCUUCGGCAGCCUGGGCCGAGUGCUCCUGCCCGAGGGCGGCGUCACGGCCAUCGUGGAGUUCCUGGAGCCCCUGGAGGCCCGCAAGGCCUUCCGCCAGCUGGCCUAUUCUAAGUUCCACCACGUGCCUCUGUACCUGGAAUGGGCUCCCACUGGCGUCUUCUCCAGCUUGGCCCCACGGAAGGAGCCCCAGCACGCCCCAGCACAGCCCGCGGGAGAGGACGAGGCAGAGGCGGAAACCGUACCAGACAGUGAGACCCCAGAAGGCGAAAAGCCGACAGGAGGAGGCACGGAGGACACGCCUGCAAAGAUGGAGGAGGAGGACGACGAGGACGAGGGCGAGGGUGAGGACGAGGAGAGCUCCCCGGGCUGUACUCUGUUUAUUAAAAAUCUCAACUUUGACACGGCAGAGGAGACGCUGAGGAAAGUCUUCUCCAAAGUGGGAAUGGUGAAGAGCUGCUCUAUUUCCAGGAAGAAGAACAAAGCAGGAGCACUGCUUUCCAUGGGGUUUGGAUUCGUGGAAUACAAGAAGCCAGAGCAAGCCCAGAAGGCCCUGAAGCAGCUCCAGGGUCACGUCGUGGACGGCCACAAGCUAGAAGUGAGGAUCUCAGAACGAGCCACCAAGCCGGCCAUAACAUCCGCUCGGAAGAAACAAGUUUCGCGAAAGCAGACAACCUCCAAGAUCCUGGUGCGGAACAUCCCCUUCCAGGCCGACAGCCGGGAGAUCCGCGAGCUCUUCAGCACCUUCGGGGAGCUGAAGACGGUCCGCCUGCCUAAGAAGAUGACCGGGACAGGCACGCACAGAGGGUUCGGCUUCGUGGACUUCCUCACCAAGCAGGAUGCCAAGAGAGCCUUCAACGCCCUGUGCCACAGCACCCACUUGUACGGCCGGAGACUGGUGCUGGAGUGGGCGGACGCCGAGGUGACCCUGCAGGCCCUGCGGCGGAAGACAGCCGAGCACUUCCACGAGCCCCCGAAGAAAAAGCGGUCUGUGGUGUUGGACGAGAUCCUGGAGCAGCUGGAAGACAGUGAAAACGACAGCGAGGAGCAGACCCUUCAGCUGUGAGCUGGCACCGAGAGGGCCUUCGAGUGCUGGCGGCGGCAGGACAGCGGAGAGACAGCUGCCUUCCGUGGGGCAGAGAUGUGAUCGCGUCGUCUCUACCGAGUUCCCGGACGGUGAACGCCGAGCUGGCCUCCUGCCUCCUCAGACCUGCCGGGGAGGCUGGGCUUUCUCCAUCCACGUGUCACACUGACCCUUGGCAUGGAGCGAACUUGGGGACCUUUCACAGAGAGGAAGCCAGGCCUCCCGGCACCAGGGCGUAUGACUCCCAGGAACAAAACUGUCUUCAAGUCCCAAGUGGGAAGUGGCCCAGGAGCCAGAAACAUGGGUCCCCCUCUCUGAAGAACCACCUUCUCCAUUCCUGCGUGGUUUCAAAAUAUUUUUUAUUUUAUUUUUUUGACCUAUUAUGUAUGUUGAAGUCUUAUUUCUAAAUACGAAAACAAGGUGCCUCUUCAACUUUGUUCCCUGAGCGGCCCCCUGCAGGGCGACACCAUGUGUUCCUGUUGUUGACCUCGGAGAGAUAAGUCCUUUCCACCACCCCUGC